AUGAUACCGCUAUCCAGGCCUCAGAAAUCGAAAAACCCUUGCUCAAUAUGUGUCAAGCGGAAGGUCAAGUGUGAUCGUGGAGUUCCAUGUUCAAAUUGCAGGAAGAGAGGCGAAGAGGAGAGUUGCACGGCAUCUUACCGCGUAAGGCUGAACAAAGCCGGCAGUGACCUUGCAGAAUAUAAAGUGGAGUUCUUACAACUUUGGUAUGCCUAUAGAUUUUGGGUUUUCGAUUACGGGCUAUUACAGAAGGGCAAUACAUGUUGGAGUCUUAAAGGGCAACAGCAAGAAAACAGGUAUAAUUGGAAACUAGACAAUGAGCGAGCCGAUUUAUGGAUUGGCCGACUGAAUUCUACGAUGUCCUUCAAACUUCUGGACUUUGCGGUGGAGAAACUUGGGGGUCUUUUUUUUGGAAUCCUAGGCGAUGUAAGCGAGCUGUACAUGGAACUUGAAGAAUACUGGACCCGCAUGGAGGAUCCCGAACAACUGUCCUCGCCUGACAAUUAUCUUUGGGAUGCAGUUCUAUGGUCUAUUUUCACCUUGACGGUGUACUAUAUUCCACUUGAGACAUUGGAGACUAUCAUAUCGGAUUCGGAAUCCACACAAUUUUCGGAGGCGGUGUUGGAAGAAGCACUCUCGGAAACCAAGAGAGCUGAAAUUUUUAGCAAUUUCACCAAUGUUGUUCGUCAAUUACUGCAGAGGGCCAAUUUUCUAGAAGUUCCUAACGUGAAAACCAUUCAAACGUAUUUGAUUUUGGCUUGUACAUCAAUCUGUAGCCAAAACCUCAAUUUCGCGAACAGUCUCCUUACGCACUGCCUACACCUAGCCAAGUGCUUGCAGAUAGAUCUCUUCCGACCUUUAGUUGCGGACGCAAGUGACGUGAGGCUCAUAAAGCUAAGCUGUGAAAAACUAUGGUAUCGUUUGAGCGCUCAUGACUUUUGGCAAUCUGGCCUCAACAAGCCUAUAUCGAUACACGAAACUAACAGCUCUUUACUCAACCACGCUGCCUUCUUGAUGGACAAACCCAACGUGGACGUGUACCGAAGUGAAGACACUUUUGAGGCUCUCGUUUGGAAGGUCACUUCUUUGGACCGCGACCUGGACAAGUACUUCGGGACUCAAACUAAGCCGCCGCUGAAGACUCUUGAUGCAGUCCAAAGACAGUUAGACAUAUUUCUCCGAAAAUCAGAAGCUUUCGCCGAGGAUAGCUCUACUACCGCUCAUGGCGAAAAAUUCAUCAUCACAUUCUUGCUGAAUGCCGUCAAUUGGAAAUUAAACAAUAUGGUAUAUUCUUAUUAUGACCAGGAUGCUGGCUGGGCUAAGUUAUGCCAAUGCACAACACUCAUGAUCGCUCAGGUUUUGCACAACGAAAAGAUUGGGAUGGCAUAUUUAAAUAAGAUACCGAUCGUUCUGCCGGCUCUCGUGACAACCCUUGGCUUCCAUUCUAUGUCUUUUAUUUUUGACGAAUCCUCCCUCAAUGAACAGCUGGCAAUGGAUCUCAUGGAAGUUUGUCAACAAGAACACCUGAAGUCGAACGGCAUAUUACGAGCUGCAUCAAGCAUAUCCCAACGGCUUAGAGAGCUUAGAAGGUUGUGGCGCAAUGUACGCGUAGUGGACGACGGAAACACACUCAACCAUCCGGUCUUCAGAAUCUUGCUAGAUGAUAUAAGAAUGAUGCAAGACGAUAGUAAAAGAUUGCAUCGCAUAUUUUUAAAGCCGGAAGGGAUGGAACCAAAAGUCAGAGAUAACGAAGAAGAAGAAGCUCAAAGUGAAGAGUUCAUGAGGGUCGUUAGAAAUUUUGAGAGCGCUUUCGAUCUACAAAUUAUUCUCUCGUAG